AUGGGGGUUCAGGACCUCCUCGGGGUUCCCACCGGCGUCCUCCUCAUGCCUCGGGGUGGCCCCGGCGAGCGGCGCCGCCGCAGGGAGGAUGCCGGGCGGCGGCGGGCGCUUCCAUGCCGGCGCCCAGGGAUGCUCCGGCGGGGCCUCCCGCCCCCGAAGGCGGCCAAGCCCCGAGGAGUUGGAAAAGGGGUCCCCUUCGCCUCCUCGGGCGCCGCCGUCCCAGAGCCGCUCACCCUCGGCGCCGCCGGGGAAAGCAGGGUCUCCUCGGAAGUCGGCGGCCACCGGGGAGGGCGGUCUCCCGCCGGGAAGCCGGGGAGCCCGGGAGCCGGAGAGGCGGCGGCAGGUUUCGGGCGCCCGCGCCUCCCGACGCGGCCCCGGCUCCGGGGAGAGCUCGACGCUGCCCGCCGGCCGGCCGGCGCGAAGGGCAUCCGCGCCCCGAGCCCCAGCGCCUCCCGGCCGCCGCCGCCGCCGCCGCGUAGCCGCUGUCGCCGCCGCGCGGCUCUGUCAGGAGCGGAACUUCCUCCUCGGGCGGCCACUGAGGAGCCCGGGCGUGAGCGCGGGGAGGGAGGGAGCGCGGGCCGCCCGCCGGCUCCUCCUCCUCCUCCUCCUCUUCCUCCCGGCUGCCGGCGGAGCUAA